UUUUUUUCCAGAGAAACCCCAACGAGACUGCCUGCUACGAUCAGAUCGGAGAGAUGGCAGCCAUAACAACCGCGGUGGUGGCGAUAGCGGCGGUCAUCCUGGGCUGGAUCACCAUCGAGAUCGCCUGCAAGCCCUGCCUCGAGCAAGGCCGCAACGCCAUCGACCGAGCCCUCGACCCCAACUACGACCCCGACUCGGCCCAUAACCCCUCUCCUGCCGCCGCCAACGAGCCCCUUCUCCGCGACGACCAACCCGCCCCCUCUGCUCCGCCGGCCCCCAAGAUCGCCUGACCAGAGUGGGAAUUUGCGAUCUGUAGUGUCUUAUGUAAGAUUGGUUUCCUUACUUAUUACCAAUGGGUGUAGAUCCACAUUUUCUUUGCUUGAUCUUGAUGUUAUUUGGUUCGAAGAUUUUUAUGAA